AUGGACUCAUUUCCCUUUUUGAGGGCUUGGCAUGAUCAUGCCUCUGCCGCCUCCAACCUCAUCAAACACAGCAGCAGCGGGGUACCAUCUACUCCAACUCCGGCCUCUGUGGCCCUCCUUGUUGCCGGACGCAACAAGGUCUCCGAACUCGGCAAAGGCGUGCCCCUCCAUCUCCUUCCCCGCUCGCAGACUCUAAAUCGUUGGCUGGCCGACGACCAUCCCGUCAGGAAAGACGACCUCGUCAUUGUCAAGGCUGAUCUCGGCAAGUUUUUACGCGACCAUGUCUUGAUCAAGCAGGUUGUCAAGUUCCAGACCCGGCAGCAGGAACUACUUCAAGACCUGCCGACCAACAGUAUCACCCCACUUUGGUCCCCGCUGCUGGAAUCCUCGACCAUGCUAUCGUCACUGCAACCACUCUCUCCCGAGUCCCACCAAUACAUAACGGGCCGUUGA